CGCACGUGUUUUGUCUCCGUCUUACAUACAAACAACACAGCACAUUUUUGUUCAACGGAAUAUAUUUUAUGCUGUUAGCUCCUAUCAUCGAACUUAAAGAUCACGAAAAACAGUUCGACGAUCGUUAUGGUUAUGGCUGUCCGCAACCACUGCAGUUGAUAUUGUCUUUCUACGAAAUCAGCAAAACCGUCGUAUUCUGGACCAAUGUUCUUCUGAUCAUAUCCGACGCGAUUGCCCGAGGCAAUUUCGUUUGGUUGCGUUUCACUACGAAUAAACUCGUCGAAACGGCAGCCCGACUAAUCUGUUCGGUGUUUAGGCCGUUUCGGGAAAAACCGUUGGAUGAGUUACUUGACACGGAGAACCAAAAAGAUCUAAUUGAUAAAAUUAGAUGGCGGCAGAAACGUAAAGCUUUAAAGAUCAAAAAUGAAGUAGAUAUAUUGGCGGACACGUUAGAUUUUCUACUGGGUACAAGAUCUCGCUAUCGGCAGCCAGACUACGGCCACCGCGGAGAAGUCGCCGAUUCAAUGCCGUUCACAAAAUCAAAAACUAAAGAUAGAUCAUCACUUCGACGCUUAAACACGGCCAUCCUGGACGAAGAAGCGUCAACAUCGUUUUGCCAACAUUGCGGACAUCAAUUAAUUAAUUAGUUAAUUUUUUUUUCUUAAUUAAUUGCUGCGUCGAUGUUUCGUCGAUGUUUGCGUCGCCACAAUUGAUUUGCCAAAAUUGUGGACAUCUGUGGUGACUGGUUCUAUGCAAUAGUUGU